CAACUCCAACCUUCCAACUCCACCAGCUGACAAAACCAGCCGAUUAUAACCCCCUUCACGUUCCCCGAUCUCAGCCCACACCACGAAAACCCCCGAUAACUCUGUUUACAAUCACCCCGACCUCUGCAGCCAGCCAAAGAAGCGAGAACGAUGAGCGCACAGGCAUACUACGAGCUCUACCGCGGGAGCAGCAUCGGCCUCUCCCUCACGGACACCCUGGACGACCUGAUCAACGAGGGCCGGAUCGAGCCCCAACUCGCCAUGAAGAUCCUCUCCACCUUCGACCGCAUCGUCACCGAGGUGUUGGCGGAUAAGGUGCGCGCGAGGCUGACUUUCAAGGGCCACCUCGACACCUACCGAUUCUGCGAUGAAGUCUGGACCUUCCUGAUCAAGGACGUGACGUUCAAGCUGGACAACCAGACCACCGUGUCGGCGGACAAGGUGAAGAUUGUGAGCUGUAACAGCAAGCGGCCUGGGGAGGUUUAGGUGGUGCUGUGGCAGGGGUUUAUUUGGUUUACGGUUUCUUUUAUGCGCUCGGCUGGUUUGUCUCUUUUUUUUUUUUUCUUUUCUGAGAAAUGGCGUUAUAUGCAUUACAGCCCAGAUUCUUUGUGUAUAUGGGUGCGGGGCAAUGCGAAUUGUGUGUCUUGCUGGGUUUGGGAUUGGGCGUUUGAUAUGGGGUGUGUGUGGGCU